AUGGCGCAAGAACCUUCCCUCAAGAUCAAUUUCUUCAAUGAAAGAGUGAUCUCUGUAUCAUUUCUUGACGUUACAGAUACCCCGUUAGUACCUGGGGUUGUCAAUUUCUCCAAUGUCUUUCUUCGUGAUGCCUCAACCUCCUUGGAUUCAAUCAAUCCUAUUUCUAAACAAAAACUCUUCUCAACUGGUCAAAUUUCCCGGGGUAUCAGGGCUAUUCAAGCGCCUCAAAUCAUAUCUGUCUCAGCCACCGACGGCGUUAGCGAAUGGGCGAUGGAAGUCAAUUGGUCCGAUGGGAAUGUAUCCAUUUAUAAAGAAUCAUUUCUCAAAAAAUAUUCCUCGCCAGAAACCAGAAUCCAUGGUAGGUACUUUGAAGAAAAUUGGCAACUAUGGGACAACAGUAUCAUCACUAAAGCUGAAAACCACCUUUUCAUUGAUUUCGAUAAAUAUAUGGAAGACGAACCAUCAUUGCUUCAGGCAAUGAAAAAUUUAAAUAAAUAUGGUCUCACGUUUAUUAAGAACAUCCCAAAACAGUUGGAUUCAGAAGGAAAACCCAAGCUUGUCAAUGAUGAAUGGUUUGUUGAAUCGAUUGCCCAAAGAAUCGGUUACAUCAGAGAAACUUUCUAUGGGCGCCUAUUUGAUGUCCAAUCUAAAAAAGACGCUAAAAAUAUUGCUUACACUAACGGUUAUCUUGGGCUUCAUAUGGAUCUCAUGUAUUAUGAAUCGCCUCCUCAAUUGCAACUUUUGCAUUCCAUCACUAACCGCGUUGAGGGAGGUGGCUCUUUCUUUGCCGAUAGUUAUGCUGCUGUGAAUGAAGUACUGGAAACAGAUACUCAAGCCUACACCGCAAUGACUGAGAUUCCAGUUAACUUCCAUUAUGAUAACGCUGGUGAGAAUUAUUGGUACUCUAGACCGAUGGUUGUUGAGGACCCUGACCAAAUUGAUCCAAGAACCGACCAUCAAUUGAUCCGUCAUGUUAAUUAUUCUCCACCAUUCCAAGCCCCGUUCGAUAUUGGUAUUACUUCACCUUUGAAGAAGAUUGGAGAAUUUGAAAACUUGAGUCAACUAGACAUUGGGUAUCGCCAUAGCGCUGCUGCCAGUGGCAAGCGUCAUGUUUUUAGAGAGUUUCAUCGUGGAUUGCAAGCAUUUGAAAAAUUCAUCAAUAAUGAGCUGAACCAGUACAAGUUGAAGUUAGAGGAAGGGGUUUGCGUUAUCUUUGAUAAUAGAAGAGUUUUGCAUGCCCGAGAAGGGUUCAAUUCAAAAGACAAUUGCCAAGAGGAGAUUGAAUAUGAACGGUGGUUCAAGGGCGCUUACAUUGACACUGACGCUUAUUAUUCAAAGAUGAGGGUAUUGUUUCGCAGGUAUGGUGUUGAUAAAGAAAACUACUUGUAUUGA